AUGCAGAACGGCGAUGUGAAAAGGCCUACCAGGAUAGUAAGAUAUAAACCUGUGGAUCCGCAGUCAUCUCUUUCGCUGACAGAUGACCCAAUCCCUGAAUAUAUGAAUGUGUUAGGAAUGGUUUUUAGUAUGUGUGGAUUAAUGAUGAGAAUGAAAUGGUGCGCAUGGGUCGCCCUUCUAUGUUCUUGUGUUAGUUUUGCGAAUGCAAGAACAAGCGAUGAUGCAAAACAAAUUGUUAGCAGUUUCAUGCUCUCAAUUUCCGCUGUUGUUAUGAGUUAUUUGCAAAAUCCGCAACCAAUAAUACCGCCAUGGGCCAACUUAUUGUAG